GGAACUCUCCCCUAAUGAAGUCAUUACAACAUCGCUGCUCUAUUAACCCUUUAAAAAAGUUUUUACCAGCAUUGCACUGAGUAUAUAUAAUGAGCUCCACCAGGUGUUUUCUAAUUGUGGCUGGAGGAGCUGAGUGAGGGAGUUACAGGGGUAGAGUGCUCUGUGAGGUGUCGUCUUUUGAAGAGGGAAUAACAUUUUAGGAUGAUGUGAAGCUCAAAAAGGUCAAUUUUAUUAAGUAUUGUCUCUUUUACAGCAAACUUCUUUAGCAAUGGCUAAGUGAGCACAAAAAACACAACACCUCACUAUACUAUACACAGUACACAUAGUUCCAUUAAAAGAAACAAAAAAACCCAACACAACAGGCCCAUAGGGGACCCAUGGACGGUGCAUUAUUGCCUCAGAUGUGAUGUCCGUAUUUUUUAUUGGCUUCCAGCCAAACUCCAACAGAUGAGCAACAGGACGACUCUGACCUGAGGAGGUGACAUGUAUUAUUUACUCAUUGGCAGAGUAACACGAUCCCUGUGUCAUCAACCAGUAGCAGGCAGUGAGUUUCCAGCAGGUGAUGUGCUCCGAGGGGACUGCUGGCCACAUGUUACAGGAAAGGCAGAGUGCUGUAAAGAAAACAGAACAAGAAGCAGACUGAUGUGAGUCUGACAUAAAGCUGCUGCAUGCAGGAGUCUGAUCGGAUCAGGUGUGACUCACAGAAGAAACCCAAACCAUCUGGGUCCAAGGAUAAACCUCUUUCUUUGGACAUAACUGGAGACAAGUGAACAAUGAAUUGGGGAUUUUUGGAGAAGAUUCUGAGUGGAGUGAACAAGUACUCCACUUCGAUUGGCCGGAUUUGGCUCUCUGUGGUCUUCCUGUUCAGGAUUUUGGUAUAUGUGGCCGCGGCUGAGCAGGUCUGGAAGGACGAGCAAAAUGACUUUGUGUGCAACACACUGCAGCCUGGCUGCAAGAAUGCCUGCUUCGACCACUUCUUCCCCAUAUCUCAGAUCCGUCUUUGGGCUCUACAGCUCAUCAUGGUGUCCACACCAUCCCUAAUGGUGGCCCUUCAUGUGGGCUACAGGGAGCACCGGGAGGCCAAACACAAGAGAAAGUUCUACAAGGACAAAGGGAGCAUUGAUGGUGGUCUUUUCUGCACCUAUGUCAUCAGCUUGAUCUUUAAGACGGGCUUUGAAGUAGGGUUUUUGCUGGCUUUUUACUACUUGUACAAUGGUUUUGGGGUCCCCAUCCUGAUGCGGUGCACACAGGAACCUUGCCCCAACACUGUGGACUGCUACAUAGCCCGAGCCAUGGAGAAGAAGAUCUUCCUCUACAUCAUGGGCUGCACCUCCAUCUUGUGUAUAGCUCUCAACUUCUCAGAGCUCCUUUACAUUAUUUGGAAGCAGCUGUGGAGACACUUCAGCAGGCGGUAUGUUCCUGUGGAACAGCAGAUUUUGAAAAACAGCCAGCUUCAUGUUUCAGCUGACAAAAGAUUUACGUCGUCUGAGCAGCUUGAAAACACAAAGGUCUGCACACCAGAACCCGCAGCUGAUGCAAUUGAAAAACCCGACAGUCCAGUUCUGCAGAGCUGAGAGCAACUGGCCCCCUGUUCACAAAGACAAAUGCAGUAUCUUUUCGGCCUAAAAUAUAAUUGACAAUAUACUUUUUUUUUAAACAUGUCAUUGAAAAAAUAUAUAUCUUCAGAGAAUCAUUGAAACUUAUUAAAGUACCUGUUGAAUUGUG